AUGCAGAUAAAACACCACAUCUUUAUCUGCCUACUGGGAGUGGCGACCAUCAUGAUCUUGAUCAUUAUGAACUUCGACAGGAUAUCUUCUGUAAGCAGUGCUGCUUUUAAAAGUCAAGGAACUACUCUGACUCCAAGAAUAACAUCAUCAUCAUCAUCACCGUCAGGAGAACCACAAUGGGAGGAUCCUGGGCCGUAUCAUGUGGCCUAUCCAGAAAACUACAAAUUCAUCAUGGACAACACACCGACGUGUAGGACCAGGUCUGCUUUCCUGAUCAUGAUGGUCCCGGUCGCGCCCAGUGAUGUGGCGGCUCGGGACGCCAUCCGAAAGACAUGGGGAAGUGAGACCAUGGUUCAGGGUGAGGUGGUGGGGACGCUCUUCUUAGUGGGCCGGCCUGGAGGAGCUGAUGCUGGGCUCCAGCAAGAGAAACUCAUCCAGGAGAACCAUCUGCACCGCGACCUGAUCCAGAGCGACUUCCAGGACAGCUACCGCAAUCUGACCAUCAAGACCAUGGUCAUGCUCGAGUGGCUGGCUGCUCACUGCACCAACUCCGCUUACGUCCUGAAGAUUGACUCAGACAUGUUGGUCCAUGUCCCCAACUUGGUCAAACUGCUGCUGGAUCCCGGCACAGCCAAACAAAACUACAUGUCAGGCUUGGUGUGGUGGCACAGCCCAGUUUUGAGAGACCCAUUAAAUAAGUUCUACCUUCCGACAGACAUCAUCGCUGAGCCGGAGUACCCCCCCUAUCCUCUGGGCAUGGCCUACGUCAUGUCCCUGGACCUUCCCAGCAAGAUUCUGCAAGUCUCUGCUAAGAUUAAACCGAUCUUCAUUGAAGACGCCUACCUGGGGAUGUGUCUGAAGCACCUGGGCAUUUCCCCCACCGACCCCCCGGAAACCACCAUGUUUAUCGUCGACCCCGCGCAUCCUCUGAGCCUCUGCAGCCUCUCAAAGGUCAUCGCCGUGACGACGACGAGCAUCGCACAGAUGAAGAGAUACUGGGAGGCGAGCAAAGGACCAGAUGCUAAAUGCUGAACUUCAGAUCUUGUUUUUUUAAACUGAAAGUAGUUUCUUGUGGGCGG